CAACAACUUCCAGAUCCGGUCAGAAGUUCCAGCCGUGCCCAACGCCAUGGCUUGCCUCGUCCUCGUCCUUCUUUUGCUCCUGCUAUGCACUUUCGACGUCUUCUACUAUCUGAGGAUCGUUUCGACGAUCUUCUUCGGCCGUCUCUUCCAGAAGAAGUUCAAAGUCACCGACACCUUGACCCUCUACGGUUUCUGCUUCACCCAAGAUUUGGAUCUCGUGUUCAAGCAUAUGAACAAUGCCCGAUUUGUUAGAGAUUUGGAUUUUGCUAGAUUUCACUUCUAUGAUAGAACCGGUCUUUAUGAGGAGAUGGUAAAGAGGAAGACUGAUGCUUUGCAGGCCGCUACGAAUAUCAGGUACAGGAAGGUAAUACCGAUCUUCACCUUCUACAGGAUAGAGACUAAAAUGAUAUACUGGGAGGACCGAUCGGUCUACUUGGAGCACAAAUUUGUCACCAAUGACGACUUCAUCCGAGCGAUUGUACUCAGUAAGGCGACCAUGAAAGAAGCCCCGGUUGACGAAGUCAUGGAAGCACUCGAAGCUGGCCCAAGGCCUGAGCUUACCAAAGAUUUGGACUUCUGGAUCAAGAGCAUGGAAGCAUCCAGCGAAAAAUUGAAAAGCGAUGCCUCCAGCAAAAAGACUGAUUGAUGAAUAAUUUUUUGAAAAUUCAUUUAUUUUUAAGGCAGAUGUUUAUGUUUUUAUUUAAAGCUUUUUUUUAAACAAUCAUGUUCUUAAUGAAUACCUCCCCUUUUUAUUAUAUUAUAAAACAUAAAAUAGAAGUUUUUAGUAGCAAUGA